AGACUUGCCUAGGUUAUGUGGGGAAGAGAGGCGGGACCUUGCAGCCGGGAAGGGCGUUCUCUUUGCGGUCAGACCGGGCAGAGUCAUCCCGAGGGGUGGGUCCUCCGGCAGCAGUAAAGGAAAACCCACCUUUUUUCAUUGUUAAGGACGCGGUGGAAUGUGAUGGUUUGAUCUUAAACGGACCAGGGAGGGGAAUAUCUGAGAGAAAAGAACUGACGAAAGUAAUUUAGGGAAAGUGGAAAGCCAAAAAACGCAGUCCCCCUGUCGCCUCAACUCUCUGAUUGUAUCUGAGAAUAUGUGGAUGAACUUGUUCUCGCCGUGUCGGCAGCAGCGAGUCCUACUGUCCGCAUGAGCACAAACCGUGUGAAGUUGUGGAUUUACCGCUGCGUUUUUCUGACCCAGCGGUGGACCAGCUAAGGAUGAAGACGUUGCGAAGAGGAGCAUAACGUCUGACCGCCAAAGGGAUCUAAAAUAUGACAGAUUUGUCUACUAAACACCAACCUAAGGGAACUUCAAAGUCCUAAAGUGACCGUGACAGACAGACUGCUGAGAGAAAAGAGUAAUUUCCCAAGAACCUAAAGGAUGUGCUAACACUACCACACAAAUGUGGACCUCCCAAAACAUUGUCAUCAAAUAAUCUGAACAACAACAAAGAACACAAGAUAUAACGCAGUAUUUUUUAGCCAUGUCAGACCAUAAAGACAUGACGCAUCGCCACCUGCGGCACAAGCUACAAAGUCUCAGUCGAAGACUGGAUGAACUGGAAGAAGCAACCAACAAGCUGCAGAAGUCUGAGGAUGAGCUACUUGACCUGCAGGACAAGGUCAUCCAGGGAGAAGGCAGCAACUCAGCUCUGUUAGGAGAUGUGGAGGACCUGAGGAAACGUCUACUAAAGAUCCAGGGUAAGGAUGAGGAGGUGCGCAAGGCUGAGGAUCUCUGCCGCACAGUCAGAGAGAAACUGGAAGAAGAGGAAAGCCUGACCCAGGAGCUAAAGGCAGAGAUUGAACGUCUAAAGCGGAGGAUGGCCGAACUGGAGAAACUGGAAGAAGCUUUUGGGAAAAGCAAGUCUGACUGCAGCCAGCUCUGUCUAAGCCUCAAUGAGGAAAAGAACUUGACCAAGAAGCUCUCGUCUGAGUUGGAGGCCCUCAAAGCUCGUUUGAAGGAGGUGGAGGGGUCUGAGACAAAGCUAGACAGAGCAGAGCAGGCUUUGGCUAUGGAGCUUGAGAAACUGAAAGGAUUCACCCAGACCUUUAUGAGUGAGCGUAAGAGGCUACUGGAGAAGCAGAGGGAAGACGAGAAGGUCAUUCUCAAGCUGACAGAAAAAUUAGAGCAUCAGAAAAAUCGCCUUGGCAUGUCAGCAGACUCUGGUCGUGCAGAUUUCAUGAGGUCACGAAUUGAGGAUGAGCUUUCAUCCACAGUGCCCCUCACAGGUAAACUGGCUGGACGCAAGAAGAGCAUUGAGUACUUGAAAUUAGCGGAUGACAACAUUGGUCUUGUGAACAAAUCUGAGAAUGAAAAGAACAGCGGCCUUGAAAGCUUGCAGGAGGACAACAAAGUAAAGGAUCUGACACAGGAAGUAGAGCGGCUGAAGAACCGCCUUAAACAGAUGGAGAUAGUGGAGGAGGAUCUAAAGAACUCAGAGUCCAAAAAUGGUGAACUUCGUGAGAAGUUCCAGAUGGAACAAAACCGGGCUCGCCAACUGAGCGAGCAGGUGGAACAGCUCAGGACGCAGCUGUGCGGAAAAGGUGGAAUUGGAAGAAAUGGAACCAGUCUUGUGGAUAAACACGGCAAUGGGAGUACUAACAUCAUUUACCCCAACAACACCUCAAAGGUCCUGGAGAAUGGCAAAGCUGAGAAUGAAGAGGUUAUAGUGAAGGGAGGUUACAGACAAGAGAAGCCCAAAUAUAGAUGUGCUGCAACUGUCUCAGAGCCGAGUUCCCCCAAACACAGGAACAGGGAGCUCUCACCUCAGCAUAAGAGAGAGACCAAGCUGAGGAGCAAAGAUCCCAGCCACUCAGAGGAGAUCUCUCCUAAGUCUGUGAGGAGACCUCUCAGUCCUGCUCACAAGAGUAGAAGGACACCAAAAACCCCAACUACUGCAAUUUCAUCUAAUAAUGGAAUAAAAGACACGGGACGAGGAAAUGAGGAAAAGACGAGAGGAGCCAUGUCCUGCUCUGUAAACACAUCCUCUACUGAUAUUAAGAAAGCGCCUGUUCUUAGUCGCUACCCUCCAGCAGCUAAUGACCAGAAGCCACUGAGGACAGCUCACAAACAGACAGAUGGGGGGAAUAAAAAGAGCAGAGUUGAAAAGUAUUCCAAAUUAUACGUAGGUAGUGAUAGCGAAUCAAACCACUCUGACGUGGUGUCUGACAGUACCAGUAACAUCAACAGUAUCGCUGCUUUGGAGAAGGACAUUGCGUCUGCCUCAGAUCAGGAAUCAACAGACCAGGUUCAGGAAUCUGUCUCUGCAUCCGCUGCCUCCACCCUGUCUACAGCCAAUGGAUCUUACACAGCCUUCAGAUCCCGCAUCACUCCAGUGUUGCCCAACGACCAGGGAUCAGAGGGUCACUCAUCUGCUUCCGAAACAGAAUCUACCGGAUCGAGGCCCUGUGAACCAGAGCCUGUUACUGAGACAACUACUACAACAACCCUAAGCAGUAGGACUCCAACCUCCAGAAAUCCCAGAUACUCCGUUGUCCAUGACUCAAAUUCAGAGGGUUCUUCUUCCCGGAGCUCUUUUGAUGAGGAGCUCCACAACAGACCACUGUUAGCUGAGGGAGGCCAACAGGGACCCACACACACUGCAUCAGGGAUUGAGAUCCAGCGAGUGUGCAGCCCACGGGAGGCGCUGAGGUCAAAAGCUAUCAUCAAGCCUGCAAUCGUUGAGAUUGACAAGAAAGAAGUGAUGAGUUCAGAACCUUUCUCUACAAAUGGCAAACCCAAAAUCUCCACCAAACCUAUCGUGACCACCACAAGUAAAAUGACCAGUAGUAUAACCAUCUACCCCAAUGACCCAAGCUCUUCCAGAACCAGCAGUCGCAGCAGCAGUGUGUCCAGUGAAACUGUGCCACACCUGCGCCACACCUCCACCAGUAACAUCCUCAUAGGCCCCAGCAGUGAGCACCAUGGCAGUAUCUCCAUCCCAUAUGAGAUCUCCAUUCCUAAGAGCGAGAUCACCUUGCGGUCCUGCCUGGACCAGGACUGUGGGCUGGAUGAAAGCAGUGAUUCCUCAUCAAAGUCCAAACUUCACAACAACAUCAACCUCCAGCCCCCGGACACCACUUCCGCAGACUUUAACGACACAGAGUCGGGCUUCGAAAGCAGUAGCAGCACCACCACUGUCACCAGCUGGAGACACCAAAGACAAGGCCAUCGCUCCCAAGACGACAGUUUACCAGACAUGAAGAAUGUCACCAUGAGAAGCACCUGGAAGAACCGGGGAACUUCGUCAGUGGAUGAGACAAGACGGGGAAGAGGAGGUGCGAGAACGAUGGCUGAUGGUGGGUCGGAAGAUGAAGUAGAAGCCGAGACAACUUGGAGGGCUUACCGGGCAACCACCAUCGAUACAGAAGAAACAAUACACAGUGGAACAGGAGCUGGUGGGAAUGCUGAGGCACAGAAGGGAGCCAAGCCAUCCCCUGCAGAGGUAUACAUGCGUAGAAUCAACAGUGUGGUUACUAACACCAGAGAAGUUGAGGAACCAGUGCUUCGCCGGGGUAAACAGUCAAAAUCUCCCACCAUGGAAGCAAGUGGCCUAGGAAGGACCAUACUCCACGCACCUGUUACCUCUCAGUCCUGGGCCCGAUCCUACACACAGGAACCACAGGCUGCUGAUAGUGUAGAGCCCAGUCCAAACCCGAGCCACAGCCCAGCCUCUUGGAGGCGGCAGCUACCCAGCAUCGACUCUCCCCACCUGGGGAGCUCUUAUGACCGGGCAUCCAAGACUGCUGGGGCCUCCUCCAGAGGGGAUCUGUGGUCCAGUCGGGGUCAGGGGUCAGGGGCCAGAGCAGAGGGGAGGAGUGGAACGGGGAGCCGACCGUGGAGCCAUCGCCACUCUGAGCAUCAUUAGACCAGCUGGGACUGAGCAGGACUUCUACAGCAAGAGGACAGCACUCCAUUAAGCUCUCAAUGGCACAAGAAAGGCCAAACAUCAAUCUCCCAUCAACUAAUGGCUUCUACCAUCUCCAAAAGUCAACAGCGUUUAAAGCAAGUAAAGCAAUGAAAAAUAGCAGUUGCCCUACAGAACAACAGACCUGACAUUCUUACUCUGACCCUUAAUCUAGACUGAGAUGUGAACAGCUCUUCUUAUCUGAUAGUUUCUUUGUCCCAAAAGAGGCAUGAACAGUGCCUGUACAGUGUUUUGGAGGUUGCCUCACCAGCCCAUGUAUCCUCUUCUGCUUCUCGUGUUGGAUGUAUUAUAGUGUAAUCCCGAAACUUGACAAGGGAGAGGUGGGCAUGCUGGGGACGGCUUGGGAUUUUUCAGCGUGCCAAAGGGUUUAAAGAGAGCAAGAGGAAGAAGGACUCUAACGUUGAGAAUGCCUUUCUCAGAGGACCAUUACAGCGACCUCAAUGGAUAUAUAUUGCUUCUACGUCAGAAUUUCACCCUUUCUCCAUCACUGAAAAAAAAACAACCCAAUAUUCAAUCAACAGCAGUGCAAUGUUUAAGAUUAAUUUUUGUCUCACAGGGCUGGAUUUUCAGGCCGAAUUCAUCACAAACUAAAGGAUCUUUUACCUUUUUAAUGUGACCAAAAACAGGAAGCGAACCCAUCAAUGUUGACUCGUACCAUAUUAUUUACUUUUGCUUUGAAGGCCAUAUGGGCUUUUUUCCGAUUUUCUCACACAAAUAUAUACACAAAACCAUGCAAACACAUGCUCAUUUUUUACUUUUGAUUCAUAUUUAUGCUGUGUCACCACUUUCUGGCAUGCAGCCUCAAACUGGAUUUAAUUUGGGUUCUUAGAUGUUGAGCAAACAUUUGCAUGUUUCUAAGU